AUGUCUGAUCGAAUUCGUUUUGCUUCAAUAUGCAAGGAUUGGCUCUCCAUCGCCGCCGCCAAGCCUCCUCCUCCUCCACCUGUUCCUGAGUCAUGGCUCCUGUUUCGCGGCACCAGUAAGUUUUUGUCUCUCCCAGAAGAAAGAGUUUACAGAUUCAAUAAUACAAUACCACCGAAAGAACAUAUAAUUGUGGGAGCUUCCAAUGGUUGGGUGCUUACUGAAGAUCCCGAAUGCUAUAGGUUACUUAGCCUUGUGAAUCCAAUCUUGAAUGCCCAAAUUAUGCUACCAAUCCUACCAAGAAUACAUUAUCUCCUAGAAGACAUGAAGAAACUUCUUGUAGUAACCUUUGGUGAUAAUUCAGUUCUCCCAGCUGGUGUGUUUAUACAUACUCAAUGGGAUUCUCUUAUUGUAUGUACUUGUGACAAUGGGCCAUGGAGGGACGCCCUCCACGAGGACUUCAAUGAUGUGUUAUUUUACAGUGGGAAAAUAUAUACAUUGGAGAUCCAAAAGUCCAAGACAAUUGUUACUGCUUAUAGCUUAAACGAACAAUUGCAGCCCUUUCUAAUUAGUAGCCGGUAUGUUGGUCAAGACAUAGAAACUGAGACAAGGGUAGAGGCCUGCUUGGUGGAGUCCCGUGGAGAUCUCUUGCUCGUACAGAAACAAUUUUCGCAGCGACAGCACACGACUGGAUUCCAGGUCUUUAAACUACUGCUUGUAGAGGAGGAUGGUUCCUUGCGCUGUGUCAAGUUGCAAAGCUUGAGGGAUCAAGCAUUGUUUUGGGAUAGAAAUGGCUGCAUUUCUUUACCUGCAGUUGGAAAAUUUUCACUAUUUAAAGAGAAUCACAUAUAUUUCAUCAACGUAUUAUAUGAAAUUGGCGUGUAUUCUCUAAAAGAUGAGCGCAUCAAACGAUUCGACAAUACACAACGAAAAUUUUUCCGGCAAGAAUCAACCUGGUUUGUCCCCACGAUUAAGGAUACAAUUGUUGGUCUGAAUAGGUCGGGUAAACAGGAACUAAAUCCUCUAGUUUAA